AUGGUACAAGGACACCUCAGCUGUGGAUGGGGCUAUUAUGCAAAUUCCCUGAAUUGUGCUUUUGCUGUUGCUUAUUCUCCAGCAUCUGAUGACACACAAAAGUCACAUAGGUCAAGGCAUCGAACGCAUAAAUCUUCAGGGUCAUCUCACAAAACUAUUAGCCGAACUCUUUCAUGUGAUUCACAGUCUAAAGGAUCUGUUUCUACUCCACGGGGGUCCACGAAGGUUGACCUUAGCAAAUUAGAGAUGGCUGCAUUAUGGAGAUAUUGGCGACACUUCAACCUUGUGGAAGCCUUCCCCGACCCAUCUAAAGAGCAACUAAUUGAUGUUGUCCAAGGCAUUUCAUGUCGCAGCAAAUGGACGAGCUGCAGGUGAUUGUGGGGUUUGUACAAGCUGCAAAGAGACUGAAAACCGUGUGCAAAUGACCCUUCGACACCAGUCAGCAAUUGAGGGUGAUCUUUUGCAUUUGGUCAAUAUUGACGCAAGCUAACAGAUACCACCAGGUACUCUGAUGCCCUCUUCUCUCUUCUGGUGAUAAUAUCUGUAAUAUACAUACAUAUAUGUAUCCUUAAGGCGUGCUUUACCCUUUUUUUUUUUUUCCUCAUCUGGGUUUCAGUUAGUAGGUUGCUAUUUAUGCCAUCCCGAGUUAUAGAGGUUUUCCCCUUUCUUCUCGGUAGUUUAAUAUAGUUAUGUAGAUAUAUGUGAACUUUGGGAAGAGAUGUUCUCCAAGGGAGCCCUGCGGCUUCCAAGUGCUUGGUUGAAUGUAUUACUGACUGGAGGGAAGGUGGGCUUUUUCUGUU